CCAUGGUAACCUGCGGGGAGGCGAGCAGGGGCGGCGCUGGCUCCGAGGCGCGUGUCUGCGCCUGCAUACGUGUAUGCAUGUAAGUGUGCGUGUGUAUGUUCGUGCACGAGCCGUGUCUGGUGCCGUGUCGUCGCCUGCGGGGAUCCGGUGGCUGAGCUGCAGAUGCGGCUGCGAUGAUCAGACUCGGAGCAGGGAUGCAGUGACUCCCUACGAGAAGACAGGGACGCAAGCACAGACCGUGGAAGAGGAGAGGAGAGGAGAGCAGAGGAGAGGAGGAGAGGAGGAGGGGAGGGAGGGCAGCAGACGAAUGCGCACGGGAAAUGAGCCGCUUCUAGACUAUGGCACCGUCGGGAUCGCGUAGUGUGAAGCGGGGCUGCUGGAGAGUUUUAUACUGGAUCCCCGUCCUCUUCAUCGCUCUCAUAGUGGCGUGGUCAUACUACGCCUAUGUUUUCCAGCUUUGCAUAGAGUCCAUCGAAGACACGGGAGAAAAGGUGGUGUACUUGCUGGUGUACCAUGUCAUCUUCCUCAUGUUUGUGUGGGCUUACUGGCAGACCAUCUUCACCAGGCCCGCCAACCCCCUGAAGGAGUUCCACCUGUCCCACCCUGACAAAGAGCUGAUGGGGCGUGAAGAUCGGGGAGAGUCUCAGCAGGAGAUCCUGAGGAGGAUAGCCAAGGAACUGCCCAUCUACACCCGCACUAACUCUGGAGCAAUCCGUUUCUGUGACCGCUGCCAGCUGCUGAAGCCUGAUCGAUGUCACCAUUGUUCAGUGUGUGAUAAAUGCAUCCUGAAGAUGGAUCACCACUGCCCCUGGGUGAACAACUGCGUGGGAUUCUCUAACUACAAAUAUUUCAUGCUCUUUCUGUCAUACUCUCUACUGUACUGCCUUUUUAUAACAGCUACAGAUCUUCAGUAUUUCAUCAAGUUUUGGACAGCUGGAGGUAGAGCACAUUUCCGUCUGAGAGAAUACCUGAAAGGCCUGCCAGACACUCAGGCGAAGUUCCACAUCCUGUUCCUCUUCUUCUCUGCCUCCAUGUUUUCCGUCAGCCUGGCUUCGCUUUUCAUCUAUCACUGCUGGCUGGUCUGCAAGAACAGAUCCACCCUCGAGGCCGUGCGUUCUCCAGUGUUUCGUCACGGCGCAGACAAAAACGGCUUCAGUCUUGGCUCCAGUAAGAACUUCCGUCAGGUCUUUGGAGAUGAAGCUAAAUACUGGCCUAUCCCCAUUUUCUCAAGUUUGGGCGACGGCUGCUCAUUUCCAACCUGCCUAGUGAAUCUGGACCCCGAGCAGCCCUCUUCACCCCCUGGGUUCAACUCUACCAGUAAGAGUGCAGGGGAGGGCCGUCAGUUCCCGUCCAAACCGCUGAGGGACAGUCAGAGCCGCCUGCUCACUAGCACCCCCUCGUGGUCAGAGAGUGAAAGUGCAACCGAGAAGGACAAGAAGGGUGCCAGUAACCCUGGGAUGACCAUCACGAAUGAGGCGUAACCACAGUCACAGCUGACAACUACAAACCAGAAAAGUCUAUGCUGCCUCCUCCUCUGUGUUUGUGCCUAUCUGAGCAUGACUUUGGUCUUGAUGUCCGCAUCGUUUCCAGUGAUGCAUCCUGCUCCUGAGAAGCCUGCAAGACUCACACCAGAAACAACCCAGAGGAAGAUUAUUAUUGUUAUCAUGCAUUAUUACUGCUAUUAUUGUUAUUAUUACUAUUAUGCUUUUGUCUGAAAGUUAAUUCAGUUGAGAUCAAAAUAUCAUUCCAGUGAUCUCUUUUAUUUGUAUGUAAAUAAGCACAGAGCUGCAGUAGAGGCGCUGAACUUUUGUACUUUCCUUUUUCUAAGUCAAUCUGAGAUGCUCUUUAGGUUACAGCUCAUGUCUCAGAACAUCUCAGAAUAAUCUACAUAUGUAUUCGUUAGAUGUUACUUAACUUAGUCUACCAUAUUAGUAAAUGCUGUUUGCCAAAUGUUUGCACACUUUAGUGUAGCCAAGUAGAGGUGUUGAUGUGCUGUAACCGACAUUCCUUCUUCCUUUUCGUUUUUCUUUGUCUUUUUGGAGGCAAGGGAGGGCAGGUUUUUUCCAGCCUCCGUAUAAAGUAUCGUGGAAGUUCAAGUGAUGCAUGCUCUCAUCUCAGGAUGUCAAACACAACUUGUAAUGUUGGUGAUGGUGGUGGGGGGGUAAUAGACUUCAAUAAGGGCUCUCCUGACUCCUAAAAGCGUGAGUGAGGAUGUUACCUUCACACUGAAACAUCUCAUGCCCACACACCCCCUUCUCCUGCCAAACACCUGAACUGCUGUCUGGUCUCUACUCCAUGUCAAACUGCUGGCCAGAAGUUUCCUGACUGUUUCUCCCUGGAGGGCUGACACACUGGCUGCCUGCAAAAAAACAAGCCUCCAGUGCUUCUGCUGCAGAUCUGCCUGCCGUCAACAAGCAGAUACUGUUGGUUAUUCCUCUGUUCUGUCACACAACUUGAUGUUGUGGCUGCAUCCCAGAGUGAAAAAAGAAAUAUAAUCCAGCCCACUUGCUUUGUACAGCCUAUCUUCUUCCUGUGGAGGACUCUGUCUCGGGCAGGAAGUUAAACCAUAACAGAAAACCAGUUUCAGGAAUGUAUGCUUAAGGAAAAAAAAACUUCCCGUGACAUAUAUUUUUCUAUCUCUGUCUGAUUUGAGACGAUAUGGAUGUGCAGCAAUGUAAUGUACAGCUCUGAUGCCUUAUAAGAAAAUAAAAUGAGCUCAUGUUCUGUCUCAUU